AACAAAAAGUGCAAGAAGUUCAGCUACAAAGAACGAACUUUGCAUUAAUACGCGUUGUACCAUCAACCAUCAUUUCAAUUGAUUUCGAUACCGAAAUCCAAGAUGGACAGUUUUGAUAAGCUGGCAGGCGUUUCGAUGAUUCCUCAUCUCCAAUGUAUUAUCCAAACGUCCGCGUUAUCGCAAAAUGUAAUUUGCUGAAGAUGACAAAACUUUUAGCGCGAAGCGCAUGGCAUUCCCUCAUCGGCGACUCGACCAUUCCAACCUUAUCAUUCACGAGAAUAACACAUAUUUCUUUAAUUAAUUUAUGCUGCGAUUAUUCGCAUGUGAAAACAAUUUUUAUACGAAAUACUUUACGAAAAGAAGAGAUGUGAAACUCGAAGAAAUUUUACACUACGUCGAAUAUAAGAGAAAAUUUACAACUUUAAACUUCAAUCAGAGACUUUGACAAUGAUUUCCCAAAUGUCGCAUGUGAUGACUCUCGCCAACAGCGUCAUAGGUGUCAGUGUCCUGGCGAUGCCUUUCUGUUUCAAGCAAUGUGGCAUUAUAUUAGCUGUUUUGGUGUUACUUCUGUGUAGUACCUUGUCACGACUGGCAUGUCACUUCCUCAUCAAGUCAGCUGUAAUAUCGAGAAGACGAAACUUUGAACUACUUGCUUUUCACACAUUUGGCCACAUGGGCAAAUUCCUUGCAGAGCUUUUAAUCAUUGGUUUUAUGCUGGGCACAUGCAUUGCCUAUUUUGUCGUUGUUGGCGAUCUGGGACCACAGAUAAUCAGCAAGAUGAUGGACAGAACCCCAGGAGAAAUACGCACCAGUUUGCUGAUUUUUACUGGAGUUUUCAUAGUUUUACCUCUUGGAUUGCUUCGAAAUAUCGAUAGUCUAUCCAGCAUUUGCACUGCUACUAUUGUCUUUUAUCUCUGUCUCGUAUUAAAGAUAAUAGGUGAGUCUGCCCUACAUAUCUUUGCGGGAGAUUGGUUUGACAGUGUUAACUAUUGGAGACCAGCUGGUAUUCUUCAGUGCCUGCCAAUAUUCUCCAUGGCUCUCUUCUGUCAAACUCAAUUGUUUGAAAUAUAUGAAACCAUUCCAAAUGUGUCCUUAGAAAAGAUGAACGAUGUUGUACGAGGAGCAUUAAAUAUAUGUACUCUUGUAUAUAUGUGUGUUGGCUUGUUUGGUUACAUUGCUUUCUGUACUCAAUCAUUCACAGGAAAUAUUUUACUAAGCUUCGAGCCUAGCAUAACAUCCGAACUGAUUAAACUAGGAUUCGUAUUUUCGGUUGCAUUCAGUUUCCCUCUAGUCAUUUUUCCAUGUCGUGCGAGCUUGAAUUCUCUUUUAUUUCGCCGGGUAUAUACCCACGAGCCGUCUAUCAAUUAUUUAUCAGAAUUCAGAUUUCGAUGUCUCACUGUCGCAAUAGUCAGCAUUUCUCUUACAAUCGGUAUUCUAGUGCCAAAUAUAGAGUUUGUUCUUGGUAUCGUGGGAUCGACGAUCGGUGUAAUGAUCUGCUUAAUAUUUCCAGCAGUAUUCUUUAUAUCUAUAAACAGUAAAAACACUAAUGAAAGACUAGUAGCACAGGGCAUUUUAAUUAUCGGCGUUUGGAUUAUGGUGCUCGGUACGUACGCCAAUCUAUACGCGAUGGAAGAAUCAAAUACAAAAUUAACAAUAACGAAUAAGCCGCUCGGUCAAAUCAAUCUACCAUUAAACAUAAUUAGGAACGAUAUACAUAUUAUUCCUGAUAUUCCUAAUAGUUUGGAACUCAUUCCCAGAGCAAAAGACAAAAUUAAUAAAUUGCCCGAGAUUAAUGUUCUCGAUAAAUUAAAUAUGAAAGCGAAAGACAUUCGACAAGAACCGCCCAUACCUGUUGAACGUGUUAUUGUGACCGAAAAACCUGAUAAAGCAGCAGUAGACACUCUUGUGCCAGAGAUAAAAGAAAUAGAAAUUGGAACAGUUAAAACCUUAAAUGAGAAUUUAAACGUUCAAUUGCAGAUUGCCGUGAAUACUGAUAACGCUAAAAUCGAUGAAAUCGUUACAUUGAAAGCGGAAGAGAAGAUAAAGAUAAUCGAAGAGAAGGAACGAUCUGUGGAUUUGCAGAAGAAUGAUAAUCUUAUUAAUUUGGAUGCGAUAAAGAAGGAGGAAACAGAAUUAGCAGCUGAUGGAGAUGUUGCUAAUGCCAGAGCUGUGGAACGGCAUGAGCAACUUAGAAAAACACUGGAAAAGCAUAAAUUGGAGCAACGUCAGAUGAUGCAGGAACAAAAGAAAAUUUUAAAGGAUAUCAAGGAACAAAAGCAAGAAUUUGAGAGGGAAAAACAAAGAAUGGCAAAGGAUGAGAUACUUAAGAAAAAUGAGAAAAAGAUACAGAUUGACAAGGAGAAUACUUUGUUGGAAAUCAAAACCGAUUUGAGAGAAAACGAUGGAAAAGUUGUCGAAAACAAAGAGAUCAGUAUAGAAGAAAAAAAUAAAAUAAAAAUCAAUGAAAAACAGCAAUCUCAAGACAAGAAUAAUAAUGUGGCAGCUGAAAGCAACAAGAGAAAAUUGGAUACCUUUCAGGAAAUUUCUCGCAACGAAAUAGAAGCAUUACAGAAAAUAUCAGGAAUACCAGAUAAAUCUCAUCUUAUUAAAGAGAUGGUCAUCGAUAGCGAAAUACCCGAGAAAUUAUUACAAAAAGAAAGACGAGGCGAGACGAAAGUUGAGAGAAUAUAUUUUAAUGAUUCGAAAAGUAUGAAGGGUCCUAUCUUGAACAUCUUAUCAAAAGGAGCUUUACAGAGAUCUAUUGUGGAAGAGGGACUUGCCAAAGAGAAUGAUAAUCAUCAAAUGAAGGAAGAGAAGAGAGAGGCUCUUACAAAUGGAGUUAUGAAUAUGUCAGAGGCACUGCAAGGAAAAUACAACGAGAAAUAUUCUGUACCUGUAGCAUUAAAAAUAAUGAAUCAAUCAAAAUCAGAAAAGAUUGUUUUGCCCCCAAAUAAAAACGAACCAGAGGUUCUCCUUGUACAUAGAGAUAUUCUGGAGAAUAAUGAACGUGAGAAGAGAGACGUCGACGUGGAAAUAAAUAUAAAUGACACAAAAUUCAACACUCAACUAACUAAAAAAUCCGAGUCUGUUAUUAAAGAAGUCAAUGAUGUGGAUCAUGGAACCUGCUUAAAAGUACAGGAAAAUUUAUUUAAGAAUUAUGAAGAUAAAAAUUUUGAAGAUGAAAAAAUAACUAAAUCGAGCACAACUGAAGUACCUCUGAUUAAAACGAACGUUUAUUUGUCUGAACAGGAAAUAACAAAAACGAUUUCUACGGAUCCACAUAGUGUUCUUAAUGUGGAGUAUGCGAGUGUGAAACAGAGAGAUUUGAAAGUUCUGAAUCCUAAAAAUAAUGUAGAGAUAUAAAGAUAUAUCCAGUGAUAUUUGAAAAUAAUAGAAUUCUCAUACAGCAUAAUAUUACAAAUAAUAAAAUGAAAAGACUUUAAUAUAUUAAAUAUAAAAAAAUUCAAAUAGAAAAUGGGCUAAUAAGAACCAAGUACAACUUAAUUGUGUAGAAAUCUAUAAUUAUAAUGUUUUUGGAUUUUUCUAACAACUCCAAAUAACAAAAAAUUCAUGUCUUGAGUUUCCAUCGUCAUGUUGGAUCACCGCUCGAAUGAUGCUCGCGUACAAUCGCGCACCUGUUCGUUCGGACCACCGAGAUUUGAUAGGAGGUAGCUGAGCCUUCACUCUCGGGGCCAGAUGGCCAAAGUGAAUGCCGAAACUCUAGAUACCGUCCAGAUAUAGGCGCAAAUAUUUCAACUGGGCCCCCAUUUGGACGAAGACGAUUCAUCAUUCAUGACGACCUGAGGAAGGAUUACGCGCACGGCACAUAUCAUCGCCACGUUGGUCAUCCUCACGGCCUUCCCCCAAUCUCUGUCCACAGGCAGUACCAAAGUGUUUUCGUCUUAAUCCUAUUUUAUGUUUGGUAAGUCUUAGGAGACCUAUCAAAGACGAAAGCCAAUGAUGAUGGGAACUGAAAGUUUAAGACAUAAAUUUUUUGUCACUUGGAGAGCUAAAGAGGGUUCAGAGAAAAAACCGAUACAUUUAUUGUAAUUAAAAAUUUCUACAUAAUUUAGUAGCACCUAUUUAUUGCGUUCAGUUCUUAUUAGCCCACUUCCUACUUGAAAUGAUUCUUUAUAGCAUAAUAUUAGGCAAAGCGUUUGUUUAUAAAUCGCGAAUCGCUUAUUACGAAAAAUUUUACAUGUAUGAUUUAUUUAUAUCAUACAAAAUAUUAAAUUAUUAUCAAGUUUAAAGUGUGUGCUAGAAACUUCUCUAUUUUUGCCUCAUGUGUGUAUGCCUUAAGAGUGAGACAUAUUUAUAGUAAAAUGACUUGUGCUGUGCUUGUAUGAAUGCAAUGUUUAAAAAAAUGACGAUUAUGUAUGUUAUUUUAAACUAUUAUAAACUUCUCUAAAAUUUACAGAUUGUAAAAAAUGAUACAAAUAUUAGUUUAUUAAGGAAUCGAUACGUAGAUAAUGUUAAAUAAAAAUGUAUUUUUACACUGGAA